AUGGCUUUCACAAAUUACAGCAGUCUGAAUCGAGCUCAGCUAACGUUUGACUAUCUACACACAAAUUCAACCACUCAUGAAUUCUUAUUUGGUGCUCUUGCUGAACUAGUUGAUAAUGCAAGAGAUGCUGAUGCCACCAGAAUCGAUAUCUAUGCAGAAAGGCGAGAGGACCUUCGCGGAGGAUUUAUGCUUUGUUUUUUGGAUGAUGGAGCAGGAAUGGAUCCAAGUGAUGCUGCCAGCGUGAUCCAGUUUGGGAAGUCAGCCAAGCGAACGCCUGAGUCCACCCAGAUUGGGCAGUACGGGAAUGGGUUAAAAUCGGGCUCAAUGCGCAUUGGGAAGGAUUUUAUCCUCUUCACCAAGAAGGAAGAGACCAUGACCUGUCUCUUCCUGUCGCGAACCUUUCACGAGGAGGAAGGCAUUGAUGAAGUGAUAGUCCCAUUGCCCACCUGGAAUGCUCGGACCCGGGAACCUGUUACAGACAACGUGGAGAAGUUUGCCAUCGAGACGGAACUCAUCUAUAAGUAUUCUCCCUUUCGCAAUGAAGAGGAAGUGAUGACUCAAUUCAUGAAGAUUCCUGGGGACAGUGGAACGCUGGUGAUCAUCUUCAAUCUCAAACUCAUGGAUAAUGGAGAGCCAGAGCUGGACAUAAUCUCAAAUCCAAGAGAUAUCCAGAUGGCAGAGACUUCUCCGGAGGGCACGAAGCCAGAGCGCCGCUCCUUCCGCGCCUAUGCUGCCGUGCUCUACAUUGAUCCCCGGAUGCGGAUCUUCAUCCAUGGGCACAAGGUGCAGACCAAGAGGCUCUCCUGCUGCCUCUACAAGCCCAGGAUGUACAAGUACACGUCAAGCCGGUUCAAGACCCGCGCGGAGCAGGAGGUGAAGAAAGCUGAGCACGUGGCACGGAUUGCUGAAGAGAAGGCAAGGGAAGCAGAGAGCAAAGCUCGGACAUUAGAAGUGCGCCUGGGCGGAGACCUCACACGGGACUCCAGGGUGAUGUUGCGACAGGUCCAGAACACGGCCAUUACCCUUCGCAGAGAAGCUGAUGUCAAGAAGCGGAUCAAGGAGGCCAAGCAGCGAGCGCUUAAGGAACCCAAGGAACUGAACUUUGUUUUUGGGGUCAACAUCGAGCACCGGGACCUGGACGGCAUGUUCAUCUACAACUGUAGCCGCCUGAUCAAGAUGUAUGAGAAAGUGGGCCCACAGCUGGAAGGGGGCAUGGCAUGUGGCGGGGUCGUUGGGGUUGUAGAUGUGCCCUACCUGGUCCUGGAGCCUACACACAACAAGCAGGACUUUGCUGAUGCCAAGGAGUACCGGCACCUGCUGCGGGCAAUGGGGGAGCACCUGGCGCAGUACUGGAAGGACAUCGCCAUUGCCCAGCGGGGAAUCAUCAAGUUCUGGGAUGAGUUCGGCUACCUCUCUGCCAACUGGAACCAGCCUCCAUCCAGUGAGCUGCGUUACAAACGGCGGAGAGCUAUGGAAAUCCCAACCACCAUCCAGUGUGAUUUGUGUCUGAAGUGGCGGACCCUCCCCUUCCAGCUGAGUUCUGUGGAAAAAGAUUACCCUGACACUUGGGUUUGCUCCAUGAACCCUGAUCCUGAGCAGGACCGGUGUGAGGCUUCUGAACAGAAGCAGAAGGUUCCCCUGGGGACGUUCAGAAAGGAUCUGAAGACACAGGAAGAGAAGCAGAAGCAACUGACAGAGAAAAUUCGCCAGCAGCAAGAGAAGCUGGAGGCCCUGCAGAAAACCACACCCAUCCGCUCCCAAGCUGACCUGAAGAAAUUGCCCUUGGAAGUGACCACCAGACCUUCCACUGAGGAACCUGCACGUAGACCUCAGCGUCCUCGGUCACCUCCUUUACCUGCUGUGAUCAGGAAUGCCCCGAGCAGACCCCCUUCCCUGCAGGCUCCCAGACCAGCCAGCCAGCCCCGAAAGGCUCCUGUUAUCGGCAGCGUCCCAAAGCCUCCUGCCUCGACAGCACGGGAGGAGGCCAGUACUUCCAGGCUGCUCCAGCCUCCUGAGGUGCCCCGAAAGCCUGCCAACACUCCAGUCAAGACUGCAUCCCGGCCCGCCCCUCCUGUGCAGCCACCAUCACCAUCUCUGCUGCCCAACUCCAAGAGCCCUCGGGAGGUCCCCGUCCCCCGAGCCAUCAAGACUCCAGUGGUCAAAAAGCCGGAGCCUCCCAGUAAACUCUCCCUGGCCACUCCUGGUCGGAAGCGGAGUCUUGGGGUCUCUGAUGAGGAAGAAGCCGAGGAAGAGGCUGAGAGGAGGAAAGAGAGGUCCAAGCGGGGCAAGUUUGCCGUGAAGGAGGAGAAAAAGGACUUGAAUGAGCUCUCAGACAGUGCUGGGGAAGAGGACCCAGCUGACCUCAAGAGCGCUCAGAAAGAUAAAGGGCUGCACGUGGAGGUGCGUGUGAACAGGGAGUGGUACACAGGCCGUGUCACAGCCGUGGAGUUGGGCAAGAACGUGGUGCGGUGGAAGGUGAAGUUUGACUAUGUGCCCACGGACACGACACCAAGAGACCGCUGGGUGGAGAAAGGCAGUGAGGAUGUGCGGUUGAUGAAGCCCCCUUCCCCGGAGUAUCAGAGCCCGGACACGCAGCAGGAGGGCGGGGAGGAGGAGGAGGAGGCAGCGGUGGCCCAGCAGGCUGUAGCCAUGGCGGAACCCUCCACCUCAGACUGCAUUCGCAUUGAGCCCGACACCACCGCCCCGAGCACCAACCACGAGACCAUUGACCUCCUCGUCCAGAUCCUUCGGAAUUGUUUACGGUACUUCCUGCCUCCGAGUUUCCCCAUCUCUAAGAAGGAGCUGAGUGCUAUGAAUUCAGAUGAGCUAAUAUCGUUUCCUCUGAAAGAGUACUUUAAGCAGUAUGAAGUGGGGCUCCAGAACCUGUGCCAUUCCUACCAGAGCCGCGCCGACUCGCGGGCCAAGGCCUCCGAGGAGAGCCUGCGUACCUCCGAGAGAAAGCUCCGUGAGACAGAGGAGAAGCUGCAGAAGCUGAGGACCAACAUCGUGGCGCUCCUGCAAAAGGUGCAGGAGGACAUAGACAUUAACACAGAUGACGAGCUGGAUGCCUACAUCGAGGACCUGAUCACCAAGGGGGACUAA